AUGAAUCAAGCAAAAGUGGAAGUGCGCACUUCAAUGGAGUUGCUAUUGACACCACUAGUGAUAUCUCGUAAUAAACAAGAACGUGUACUUAUUGAACCGUCAAUAAAUUCAUUACGAAUUAGUAUAGCAAUUAAGCAAGCUGAUGAUAUCGAAAGAAUUCUUGCUCAUAAGUUUACACGAUUUAUGAGUCAACGAGCUGAUAGUUUUAUCAUACUUCGAAGAAAACCGAUGCCCGGUUAUGAUAUUUCAUUUUUAAUAACUGCAACCCAUACAGAAAUGAUGUAUAAACAUAAACUGGUUGAUUUUUUGAUUCAUUUCAUGCAAGAAGUAGAUAAGGAGAUAAACGAUAUGAAAUUGGCAAUGAAUGCUCGUGCUCGUGUUUCUGCGGAGGAAUUUCUAAAAAGAUUUAAUUAA